GAUGUUCAAAGACAAAAAAUAUGCUGCAGAAGAUGUGAAAGAACUUAUCAAGUCCACCUAUUACACGCAACGAAAGGACAUCAAUAAAGGUACAAGCAUCCUGAAGCUAUGCCAAGAAUGGCCUUUUUUGUUCCAUGAAACUGGCAUGGCAGAACACUUCCAGCAACUUACUGGCAUCAGUCUGAUGGAAGCCUUCUUCACCAAUCUGGACAAAAAGGGGGAGCGCAUCGUCAACUUCCUGAAAACUGUUUUUGCUCAGAAAGAAAAACAAGUUCUGGAGUCUCUCCUCAAGUUAGCAAGUGAAAAAGGUCAGUCCAGUGGUUGUACGGAGAUGAUUCUUCUUCUACUUGCUUUUUUUGGUGAGAAGGAAGAGCAUAUGUUCCACUAUGUUGAGAAGACGAGCCUUGCUGAAGAGGUUGAGAUGGAGGAUGUGCCAGCAACACCCUGCCUUAUUGUGUGUGGGUCCUCUUGCUUCACUGCAGACUGCUUCAUGUUGAGUAUUGAUCAGAAGAUUAUCAAUGACCACAUCACUGCCUUCUCCUGUGCCAUCUGCCUGAUGUUUGGCAGUUACUACUGUUUUAAUAUACACUACCCAGUGGGACUGCGGUCAACACUGGAGUUCCUCCAGAGGUGUUUCUUUUCAAUUAAUCCGGAGAGAGGAACAAAAGUUGAGCAUAGCAAGAGGAGGAAGAUCUUUGCGGUCAACCCAAGAGUCCUCACGCUCAUCGCUGACCUUGCAGACCAUGAGUGGACUUAGACCAUACUUUGUGAGUCAUGUGAUAUGAUGUGUAAUGUUGUUAUGUUGCGGUAUGUUGAAAACUGCAUUUUCUUGGUAUUUAAGGUUUACACUGUAAGAUUUCACAUUUUUCAUCUUCAUGUUAAAUUUUGCAAAUUUAUGUUAGACAUUUUUUUUAUAUAUAUGUAUAUAGCAGAUGACAAUAACACAGAUUUUAUGCUGCACCACUGUCACGGCUUAAUGAAUAUGUGGUGAUUUACAAGUUUCAAGUCAAAAAACCUGACAAACGUGAACAGUUUUAGCUAUCUAUUUCAGAAAGGUUACAGUGGUGCCCAGCACAUUUGUUAGAAAGUUCUUAUUUCUGUGUAUGUGCCAAUUCCAUAUGAUAUGGAUUAUUCAUUUGAAACACACUGCACCGGGGUUGAAGUGAUAAUGUUGUGUCAUAUCUGU